UGGGCCAGAUCAGGUAGGAGCAGCCCGGUCACCAGCUCACCAGAAUCAGUAAAGCCUCCUCGAGACGCAUUUAGUGGUGGUCAAUGUCCGGGUCUUCAGGACCACCUCCCAGCAGGGGCACAGGUCUCGAUGUCGCAGAGGGGUCCUGCGUCUCGUCCGGCCUCGCCCCCUCCGUCAAGGUCUCCAAGUUCUGUCCAUCACAUUUCUCCGGCAGCACAUCGAUCGAGUCUGCGAAGCGGAGGUGAUCCGCCUUCCGAGGAUGAGUUCCAAGAAAGGGGAAGCAUACCGGGCGUACACAGAGAGCAUGGUCAGAGAAGCUUAGGUGUUCACAACAUCCUUAAUCCCGCCACUAUCGCCAUCCCGACGCCUUCUGCCCGACCAUCGAUAGGACGGGGCAGUUCCAUAGGUACAUCCGCCGCCCAGUAUGGACCUAGCCAAUCAGCGCAGCGGCCAUUGUUGUUCCAAGGACAUGGAAUUCCCCGUCCGCAAGAAAAUCUACGACUCGGUAGAGAAGCAUUUGUUUCAGGCACGUCAGUGCCAGCACAGUCUUCUCCGGGUGCCAUCCAUCCACUGCCCGCACUUGGAGGUCCGAGGCAUUAUUUGACGCCUAGAUCUCCCAGAGCAAGUAGCGUGAGCCACGACACAGCACCAAGACCACCUCAUGCUCAACAAUCGCAUUACCCAAGUCCUAUCGUUACGGAUUCCAGAAGAGCCCCUGUGCCAAGCGGAGCUGGUGUCGAGAGAUCACCACAUGCCCAGCCUGAUCAACCAUCGGUGCCACACUUAAGCAGUUCAGGGCUACCCGGAAUCUCAAGAUCCGGCAGUCUACCAAGCUUAGGUGUCUCGUCAAGGUUGACAUCACAGCCAAUGCUUGGUCACCCGACCUCGCCUUCACACGAGCAUGCACCUCGACAACAAUUGAUUCCUGGGCGAUCGCAGCGACCGCCAGUCUUCCCGCCUCCUUUACAAUACCCACCAAGUAAUGGACCCGUCGGGCAAGGCUUUCCGGGUUUGACCCCCGGGGACUUAAGAUGGACAUCUGUACAUAGUCCACAGCAAGGGGCACACGAAUCCAGAAUGUCAGAGGAACAGUCGACCAUUAUGUUCGCCACGCCUGGUGGAGAGCAUAUAGAAGUAGCCAUUGAAAGAAAUACCGCUUCGCGGCAGGCUGAUGAGAAAAGACUCAGAAAUGCGGGAGCAUCAGCCAGGUUCAGACUACGUAAAAAGGAGAAGGACCAGCACAAGGACAGCGCAAUAGAAAGGUUGCAGGCACAAAAUAGAGAGCUCGAAAGGAGAAUUCGAGAAUUGGAGUCGGAACGCGAAACAUAUCGAGCCGACCGUGACCGAUUACGGGACGUUGUCUACCGCACUCCGAGCAUCUCAGACCUAGCUUACCAGGGGCCAAGAAGCCCUGCCUUAAGGGGUGCAGCUUCAUUCACCGGUAGGCCAGCCCUCGAAGGUGUACCUCCUCCGCCUCGUCUCCCAGCCACGGUAUAUGGCGCAGGUGAUCCUGUCACUGGGGAAAGGUCUUCAAGGAGACGCCGUACAGAUCCUCAACUCGACUACAGUCCUUCAACCUACGCAGCUGCGCUCCCUCCACCGAACUACAACGCACCUAUGUCACAGCCUGGCACUCCUUCUGCUGGGGCGGGCCCUGAGAGACUUCCGCCAUUGCGCUUGGAGCAGCACUCUGGUGCACAAGCUCCGGCACAUCUUCCCACGAGUAACGCUCCACCUCAGAGUUUCUCACCUGUCAAACGAGAGUCUUACGAAACAGGCUGGGCUACUCAACCGAGCGGGCCACGACGCGAUCUCGGACAGCGUUGAUUCCUCCGCCGUGGGAUGUAUGCAGGGCCAGUUGCAAAACAACUUAUGUUUGCUGCGACGAAAUACAUUCCACAACAUAAUAAAAUACGUCGGGUUUAUCGCACCUGGUCGAGCAGCAGGCGAAGAAGAUCUUCAGAUUGGAGUUUUGCGUGUUUAUCAACUA